UUGGCAAAUGUUUUAUAAAACAUUAUGUGCAUGUAGUGCUGGACCACAAUAAUCUCUCCCGUCCCUUCCUUCAAUUUUCCUUCUAUUUAACACCUAUUCCAGGAAAUUUUCGGUACAUGUGGACUCAACAUGCAUGUGUCAACGGUGGAAAUUUUUGAUAUUCCGGAAUUGUGGAAUAUAUAUUUUAUAUAUUUGGUCUCUAAAGUCUUAUGAGGACCCAUUUAAUUGGCUUUUGCUAUUUUGCUCUCUUCGCCGAUGCUUACCAUGUAUGUGAUCGUUCUCGUCCUUCACUGGAAUUAAGGUUCUAUUCCUCUAACGUGCUCUUGUAAUGACUGUUUAAUUUAUGCUUGAAUAUUUAUGUACGUGGGACUUUCCCGUUGGUGUGUGAUCUUGGGUAUUAACAUGUAGGGUUGUUUUUAUCUCUCACUAAGUCAUAUUGCAAAGCAAUUUCAAAACUAGAAAAUUUAAAAACCAUACUACAAUUCUCAAGAAUAUUGUUCAUUAGUAACUGGAUCAAAUAUUGGUAGAUUUUUAUUUUUUAAUAAAAUUUUUAUGAGGAUCUAGAAAAAUUUUUAGUUCAAGUUGUAUAAAUUCAUUGAACCUUAGAUUUGCAUGUUAUAUUUUUCUUUUUUGGGGGAUAUAUUUUAUUUUAUUUUUUCUGACAAAAGCCAUAUUUUAAAUUAAAAUGGUAAUAUUCGAAUUCACAUAUUACCUAGUGACAUUGUUUUGAACUCAAAAACUCAUACUAUAUAAUGUAUAUUAUAUUAUCACUUUCCUAUUGGCCAGGUCAUUUACGACGUCAUCAUUUACCAAAAAAGUCUGAAGUCAAUGCUAACAGACCGAUAAUAUACUUGCCUAUUUUCUGCUCAGAAAGUUCUUAAAUUAUAUUAAAUUGAAAUUUAUCUUCAUUAUAAUUUUCUGAGGAAGGAAGUCCGCAAAAUGGAGAUUACCAUGUUACCAGAAGUGUGCAUCUCCCAUAUAAUAUCCUUGACAUCUCCAAGAGAUGCUUGCAGGUCGUCUCUGGUUAGUUCUCGGUUUCGAUCAGCCGUAAAUUCCGAUGUGGUUUGGAGCAAGUUUCUUCCCCAUGACUAUCACCAAGUCCUUUCAAAUUCAGCUUUAGCUUCAUCCAUGAAUUCCCUUUCCAAGAAGCAACUCUAUUUCCAUCUUUAUCACCACCCCGUCCUUGUAGACAAUGGUAAAAUGAGCUUUGCAAUAGAUAAAGAAAGUGGGAAAAAAUGUUAUAUGAUAAGCUCAAGAAGGCUUCCGAUUGUAUGUGAAAGUACAGCCACUUAUUGGCUGAGGAAAUCUCUACAAGCAGAGUCUAGGUUCUCUGAAGUUGCUGAACUCACGUAUGUGUCGUGGCUUUCCCUAAAAGGAAGGAUUGAAACAAACAUUUUGUCGCCCAAAACAACUUAUGCAGCUUACUUUGUCUACAAGCUUAAAGAAAGCAGUUCCGCAUUUAUGGAAAGACAGGUAGAGCUUGGAGUAUAUUUUGAAGGAGAAGAGAAGGCCCAUGGGGCCAGUGAACGUGAAGUGUUUUUAUUCCCUUCUCGGGAUCAGCUGGAACUAUGUCGAGAUAGGGAAGAUGGUUGGAUGGAGGUUGAAAUGGGGGAGUUCUUCAAUUAUGGUGGGGAAGAGCAUGGGGUUGUGGUGUUCAGUCUAAUGCAUAUUCAUAAUGAUACAUGUAGGUUAGGCCUCAUUGUUGAAGGAGUUGAGCUUAGGCCUAAGGCUGGUACAUAAAAUUACUAUGUCUCUUUUUUUUAACUAGUUUUCUGUCUGCAACAGGACUAAUAAAAAAAAAAAAAAAAAACCAAUGUUGUUUUCAUUCUUGUUUUUAUUUAGGAGUUGUAGAUUUAGUUUGAAGUUGCUGUAGAUUAUAAAAUAAUCGAGCAAAAGUUAUGCUU